AGCGAAGUAGUAGCCUAGAAACCAAUCUGCUCCAAAAUCCAAAACCCUCACCGUUUGAUCGAUCGCUGCGAUGGACUACGAGCACGGCGGUGGGGCGCGAGGCCGCGGGAGGGGUCGCGGUGGCGGGCGUAGGGGAGGCGGCUACGGGCCUCGCGGAGGAGGGGGCUACGGGCAUGACGGAAGCGGUGAGGGUGGAGGAGAAGGAGGAGGCUACAACGGGACCCGUGGAGGCGGAGGCUACCACGGGUCUCGCGGAGGCGGAGGAGGAGGGGGCUAUGGCGCGGACGGGCGCGGUGGGCGUGGCCCUGGCGGUGGCGGUGGACACGCGUACGUGUCAAGCGGUGGGCGUGGCGGGAACGCGUGGGCGACGUCGGGGAGAGGCCGCGGAGGCGGCCCAGGGGAGUACGUCCCGGUGAGGGCGCCUGCGCAGGCGACCACGGCGAGGGGGAUCGCGACCGAGGAUGCGGCGAGCUCGUCGGGGUCCGUCGAACGCAUUGUCUCCAGUGAUUUGGCCAGAGUAGAACCAUUAGCAUCGCCACCAGUUGCCACAUCUCCUGUUGCCCCACGAGUGGCAAUGCGAAGACCUGAUGGUGGAGGCUCAUCAUUUCAGGCCAAGGUCAGACUUUUGGUGAACCAUUUUAUUGUCAACUACCGAGAGGCAUCAACCAUUUUUCACUACGACAUAAACAUCAAGCUUGAUCAAGCUUCCCCUAAGACUUCAAGCAAGGAGCUCUCCAAGGCAGAAUUUCUUUCUGCCAAGGAUGAGCUCUUCAAGGACAACAGCUUUCGGCUGCUUUCUUCAUAUGUUGCUUAUGAUGGCGGAAGAAAUCUAUUCACUUCUGCUCAACUGCCAGAAGGUUUAUUCCGUGUGAGAGUUCGGUCACGGACCUAUAUUGUAUCAGUGGAGUUCAGGAAGCAGCUGGCGUUAAGCCAACUCUCAGAGUUACCUGUGCCUAGAGAGGUCUUGCAGGGUCUUGAUGUCAUUGUGCGUGAGGCCUCAUGCUGGCGCAAGAUUAUCCUUGGUAAGGGAUUUUACUCACAGGACAGUGGUCAAGACAUCGGGAAGGGUGUUGUAGCUCUGAAAGGAACCCAACAGACACUUAAAUACACUCAGCAAGGGCUGAUCCUAUGCGUAGACUAUUCAGUUAUGCCAUUUUACCAAGCUGGGCCAGUGCUAGAUCUUGUUGAGAAAUUAGUGAGGCCCCUAGAUUACAGGACACCACUGAAAAAGUGGCAAAAGGAAAAUUUGGAGUCUGAGCUUAAAGGCCGACGUGUUACUGUGAUUCACCGAAGGACAAAUCAAAAGUACACUGUUCAAGGCUUGACAGACUUGCCUGCCAGUCAGAUUACCUUUGUGGAUGCUGAAUCCGGGCAAAAAAAGAGGCUAGUUGAUUAUUAUGCUCAACAGUAUAGCAAGGUGAUUGAGUAUCAGAUGCUCCCAUGCUUGGAUUUGAGCAAGAGCAAGGACAAACCAAAUUAUGUGCCAAUUGAGCUUUGCACUCUUAUUGAAGGGCAGAGGUAUCCAAAGGCAAACUUGGAUAAGAACUCCGAUAGAAUACUGAAAGAGAAGGCCCUAAUCCCUGCAUUUAGGCGUAAGGAGGAGAUUCUGGACUUGGUGAAUGCUACAGAUGGACCUUGCAGGGGAGAAAUAGCCCAGCGAUUUGGGAUUUCCUUGGAUGUUCAAAUGACAAAAGUCAUGGGUAGGAUCCUUCCUCCACCCAACCUAAAACUCGGCACCUCCAACGGCCAGACCUGCAAAUUCAGUAUUGAUCAGUCCUGCCAGUGGAACCUUGUGAAGAAGAGACUAGUAGAAGGCCGGGAUCUUCAGUGCUGGGGCAUUGUCGACUUCAGUGCACGGUCAUCUCACUCCAGGCAGGAGCCCCUCAAUGGAAACAUGUUUCUUGAAAAGAUCGUGAGGAAGUGCCGUGACCUUGGCAUUCAGAUGAAACCUGAACCAUGUUUUGUGCACCUGUCAGAAAUGGCAGUGCUAUCUGAUCCCAGCAUGCUAUACGAGGAGCUAAACAAAGCGAAGCAGGCUGCAGUGAACAAGAAGCAGAGGCUGCAGCUACUCUUCUGCCCAAUGUCUGAGCAGCAUCCAGGGUACAAGACACUGAAGCUGGUCUGCGAGACGCAGCUGGGGAUCCUGACCCAGUGUUUCCUGAGCCCCCUCGCGAACAAGCCGCAGGGCCAGGACCAGUACAUGACCAACCUUGCUCUCAAGAUCAAUGGAAAGCUUGGGGGCAGCAACGUACAGCUGUUCGACGCGCUCCCACGGGUCAGCGGCGUGCCUUUCAUGUUCAUCGGCGCUGACGUGAACCACCCGUCGCCCGGGAAUGUGGAGAGCCCGUCCAUAGCAGCCGUGGUCGCGUCCAUCGACCCUGGCGCCAGCAAGUACGUGCCAAGAAUCCACGCCCAGCCGCACCGCUGCGAGGUGAUCAAGCAACUCGGUGAGAUCUGCCGGGAGCUUAUCGGCGUCUACGAGAAGCAGAACGGCGUGAAGCCGCAGAAGAUCAUCUACUUCCGUGACGGCGUGAGCGACGGGCAGUUCGAAAUGGUCCUCAACGAGGAGCUGGCGGACAUGGAGAAGGCGAUCAAGGUGAACGGCUACGCGCCGACCAUCACCGUCAUCGUGGCCAAGAAGCGGCAUAACACGCGCCUGUUCCCCAAGGACAGGAAUGAGCCGCAGACCAGGAACGGCAACGUGCCGCCAGGCACGGUGGUGGACACCGGCGUGGUCGACCCGUCAGCGUACGACUUCUACCUGUGCAGCCACAACGGGCUGCUGGGGACGAGCCGGCCGACGCACUACUACAGCCUGAUGGACGAGCACGGGUUCGGGUCGGACGAUCUGCAGAAGCUGGUGUACAACCUAUGCUUCGUGUUCGCGCGGUGCACCAAGCCGGUGUCGCUGGUGACGCCUGUGUACUACGCCGACCUCGCGGCGUACCGCGGCAGGCUCUACUAUGAGGGCAUGAUGUCGUCCCAGCCCCGGAGGAGCGGGUCGGCAUCUUCCUCAUCCACGGGGGAUUUUGAAGUCGGGAGCUUUCCGAGGCUGCACAAGGAUCUGGAGGACAACAUGUUCUUUAUCUGACACCAGCUUUUCACCGGUGUCGUGGAGCAUGGUCUGGUAAAAUUCUUACGGCAGCGCAAUGUCGCAUGUUUUCAACUCUGGUUUCUCGCUGGUGGUGUCGUUUUGUGUGUGUAUUGUUAGUUCUUACUGCAUUUGAGUGAAGGACACGGGUCUAACCAUAUCAUAGGUGUUUGUUUCUGUCACCCCUUUUUCAGUCUGAUGGUCUGGUCUAUAGUCUUUAUUUUUGACAAAACUCAUGUUGAGUAGUACUACGCUACAAUUUAUAGAGUUUGUUACUGAAGACACUGUGUGGCAGUAGAUCAACGAGGAGAAGGGUUCAGUUUUUGAGUUCUGAA